AUGGCAGAGUCGUCUUCUUCCUUCACACCGCCCUCAUCUAUCCUCAUUGUCGGCUCGGGCGUUUUCGGCCUGUCCACGGCCUACGCCCUCACCAAACGCACGGCAUGGUCUAAGACGCAGAUCACGGUGCUGGACCGGGCCUACGGCGACCAGCAGCAGCAGCGCUUCCCGUCUCACGAUGCGAGCAGCAUGGACUCGUCGCGCAUCGUCCGCGCCGACUAUGCGGAUCAGGCCUACACCAAGCUGGCCGCCGCGGCCCAGGACGAGUGGCGCAAGCCCGGUCCCAACUCCUGGGGCGGCGAGGGCCGUUACGCCGAGACCGGCUUCGUCAUCUGCGCCGACCAGGGGCCCGAGGUCCUGGCCGACGGCGUCACCAAGACGGGAUUGGGGUACGCCAAGAGCGCCUACAUCAAUGCCGUCGAGCUCGAGGGCCGCCAUCAGAUUGUUGAGCUGGACUCGCCCGAGAAGAUUGCCCUGGCAAGCGGCACCGGCGCCCCCUUUGGCGACUGGGGCUACCUAAACAAGAGAAGCGGCUGGGCCAAUGCUGAGAAGAGCAUGGCCUGGCUCUACGACCGCGUCGUGGAGACUGGUCGGGUCAAGUUUGUAGGCGCCACGGUAGACAGGCUCGAGGUCCAUGGCAAGAGAGUCACGGGUGCGAAGCUUGGUGAUGGCACGACACUGAGGGCUGAGCUCGUCGUCGUGGCUGCGGGCGCCUGGAGUCCUAGCCUGGUAGACCUCAGAGGCCAUGCGGUAGCGACGGGGCAAUGUCUCGCGUACACGCCCAUCAGUGAUCGGGAGCAGGAGAGACUGGCCAACGUGCCCGUUUUGAUGAAUAUGACGCAGUCGACCUUUAUGAUCACCCCAAGUAACAACAUGGUCAAAAUUGGCCGCCAUGCGUACGGUUAUAUAAAUCCUCGGAAAAUCACUUCGGCGCUAGUGGUGCCGGCCAAGGCAGGAGAGUCCAACUUCCCAGAGAUUACCGUCUCGCAACCAUACACACACGUGGACGACUCCAAGAUCUGGGUCCCUGCCGAAGGUGAGCGGGAUCUGAGGACGGGACUUCGGAGAAUGGUACCAUGGCCCGACUUGAUGGAUCGGCCAUGGACGCACAGUCGCAUCUGCUGGUAUACAGACACUGCAACAGGCGACUUUCUAAUUACAUACCACCCGCACUGGGACGGUCUCUUCGUUGCCACGGGUGGCAGCGGGCACGGAUUCAAAUUUCUUCCCGUGCUUGGCGACAAGAUUGCCGACACAAUCGAAAGAAAUUACCCGUUAGACUUCAAGGACAAGUGGAGUUGGAAGCAGCCAGAGGAUAUUGAGAAGCAAAUCAUCACCGAGGAUGGCAGCCGAGGUGGCAAGGUAGGGCUCAUCCUCAUGAAUGAGCUCCAAAAGAAUGGUUCUCGCCUAUAA